GCGUGAGUCUGUCCCGGAGCUAUGGGGAUGGGAGCACCUGGUUUAGCAGACGAAAAUCAAACGCGCCUCUGCUGCUCCCCCUCCUCGCUGCCAUAGCCCGUAUGAUCCGCCGCCUCCUCCACUCUACCUUCUAUCGACCCAGUGGCCCGCCCCGCCGCGACCUAGCCACCAACGCGGCGCUGCAGUGGCUGGGCGACGAGCUCGCCUCGCUCGCGCUCCCCAAGCUCGACUCCUACGCGUGCGCAAGGCUCCUGCAACGCUGCAUCGCGCGUGGCGACGCCCGCACUGGCCGCGCCGUGCACGCUCGCGUCGUGCAGCGCGGCGGGGUGGUACGGCUGGAUACCUUCUGCGCUAACGUCCUUCUCAAUCUCUACGCGAAGCUCGGCCCCUUAGCCGCCGCGCGCAGCGUGUUCGAUGGAAUGCCCGAGCGGAACAUGGUGUCCUUCGUCACGCUCGUGCAGGGACACACGUUGCGUGGGGAGUUCGAGGAGGCCGCGAAGCUGUUUCUGAGGCUGCGGAGGGAGGGUCACGAGGUGAAUCAGUUCGUGCUCACCACAAUCCUGAAGCUGCUAGUUGCCAUGGAUGCUCCAGGGCUUGCCUGCAGCGUGCACGCCUGCUCAUGCAAGUUGGGCCAUGACCAGAAUGCCUUUGUGGGGUCAGCGCUAAUUGAUGCCUAUUCUCUUUGCGGGUCUGUCCGUGAUGCGAGGCUUGUGUUCGAUGGGAUCAUGGGGAAGGAUGUCGUCACUUGGACAGCGAUGGUUUCUUGCUAUUCUGAGAAUGACAGUCCUGAGGAUGCGAUUAACGUUUUCUCCAAGAUGAGGAUGGCAGGUUCCAAGCCUAAUCCUUUUGCGCUUACCAGUGUGCUCAAGGCUGCUGUUUGCUUGUCAUCUGCUUUGCUAGGCAAGGGCAUCCAUGGUUGCUCAGUCAAAACCCUUUGUGAUACCGAGCCUCAUGUUGGUGGCGCUUUGCUUGACAUGUAUGCCAAAUGUGGAGACAUUGAGGAUGCCCGCACUAUUUUUGAGAUGAUUCCCCAUGAAGACGUCUUACUUUGGAGCUUUAUGAUCUCCCGGUAUGCUCAGAACUAUCAAAAUCAGCACGCAUUUGAGAUGUUCCUAAGAAUGAUGCGGUCUUCUGUGAUGCCUAAUGAGUUUAGUUUGUCUGGUGUUCUGCAAGCUUGUGCUAAUGUUGCCUUUUUGGAUCUGGGCGAGCAAAUUCAUAACCUUGUUAUAAAGUUAGGCUAUGAGUCUGAACUAUUUGUUGGAAAUGCACUAAUGGAUCUGUAUGCCAAGUGUAGGAACAUGGAAAAUUCACUUGAGAUUUUCUCAUCAUUACAGGAUGCCAACGAAGUGAGCUGGAACACAGUUAUCGUCGGCUACUGCCAGUCUGGUUUUGGGGAAGAUGCUUUGAGUGUGUUCCGACAGAUGCGUGCUGCGCAGAUGCUUUCGACUCAAGUUACAUACUCCAGUGUGCUCCGGGCUUGUGCAAGUACAGCAUCCAUCAAACAUGCUGUCCAAAUUCACAGCUUGAUUGAGAAAUCCACAUUCAGUAGUGACACUGUUGUUUGCAACUCACUGAUUGACACAUAUGCCAAGUGCGGAUGCAUUAAGGAUGCUCUAAAGGUAUUUGAAACUAUCAAACAAUGUGAUGUAAUCUCAUGGAAUGCCAUAAUCUCAGGAUAUGCUCUUCAUGGACGAGGCAUGGAUGCUUUGGAACUUUUUGACAGGAUGAAGAAAACUAGUAUAAAAGCAAAUGAUGUCACCUUUGUUGCUCUCCUAUCUGCUUGUGGUAGCACAGGCUUAGUCAACCAAGGACUCGCCCUGUUUAACUCUAUGAGGAUGGAUCAUGGAAUCAAACCAUCUAUGGAGCAUUAUACUUGCAUUGUUAGGCUUCUGGGACGUGCUGGCCAUCUUAAUGAUGCUCUAAAGUUUAUUGGGGAUAUCCCUUCAGCACCAUCUGCUAUGGUUUGGCGGGCCUUGCUUAGCUCAUGUGUAGUCCAUAAGAAUGUAGCUCUGGGAAGGUUUUCCGCAGAGAAGGUGCUUGAGAUUGAACCACAAGAUGAGACAACCUAUGUCUUACUGUCAAAUAUGUAUGCUGCAGCUGGAAUUUUGGAUCAAGUUGCACUUCUAAGGAAAUCAAUGAGGAACAUAGGUGUAAAGAAAGAGGCUGGCCUUAGUUGGGUUGAAAUCAAGGGGGAAGUUCAUGCCUUUUCAGUGGGAUCAGUUGACCAUCCAGAUAUGCGAGUAAUCAAUGCAAUGCUGGAAUGGCUAAGCCUGAAGGCCAUUAGAGAAGGUUAUGUUCCAGAUAUUAAUGUAGUGUUGCAUGAUGUGGACGAGGAAGAAAAAGCUCGCAUGCUAUGGGUGCAUAGCGAAAGGCUGGCUUUGGCAUAUGGCCUUGCUAUGACACCUCCUGGCCAUCCAAUACGGAUUAUGAAAAAUUUACGUUCCUGCUUGGACUGCCAUACCGUAUUUAAAGUGAUAUCUAAAAUUGUUCAACGGGAAAUCAUCGUUAGAGAUAUCAAUCGUUUUCAUCAUUUUGAGCAAGGGAUAUGCUCAUGUGGUGAUUAUUGGUGAUGUGGUGUUGUUCAUGAUUUACUUUGGCAGAAUGUAGCAUAUUCCAUAUGGUGCUGGCAGUAUGAUUUUUGUGGGAAAUCUUUUUUUCCAUGAAAAAACUCCAAAAAUACAUAUGCAUGCUCAAUGUUGUGGAUGAAAUGAGGACGAUAUGUUGCUAAAUUGGAAGAGUACUGCUGAUGGUUCUCCAGAUUGUUGAGCUCAACUUACUAGGUAGACAAAAAUUUAAUCAUUGUUCUUCUCUCAUAGGCAUCCAUUUUCAUUCUCAUUUUAGCGAGUAUAAAAGAUUUGUUUUGUUAAGGGCAAGCGCAUGCGCAUCAGUGUCACCUUCAAUUGUUGUUUUUUGGUAUUAUAGAUUGUUCUCUUCACUGCCGGCUUUUUGAUGGGUGAGUUUCUGCAAGGUUCCACUGCAACAUCAGUAACCGUUCUAAGAUAUGUUUCUCAUAUGCAUAAACUGCCCGGAACAACUUGUUUGUUCAUGCACAGCUUGUGUUUGAUAUGGUUGAUAGCAGAGGAUAUUUGUUUUGCAGAGUGGUGAGGUGUUACAAGAGAUUGCAAUACAGAAGAAAACGGAGAGGAAAAAUUGAACCUGGCUGGAAUUUUCGACAACCAGAGAUGACGGGUAGGUUUUUAAAGACAAAAGUUCUUAACCACCUUAUCCCUUCGCCCGACCACAUGUGGAAACCACCGGGAGGUAUAAAAGGGGCGGAUCGAGGUCUGGGCAAGGGUUGGAAGCUAGAGGGAGCUACAAACAGGACAUAGGAAAAAGACUUGUAUUUUCCACAGACUUGGGCAUUUAGAGCCCCGAAAAAGUGAUCCGACCAGAGGGUGUUACGUCACCACAUGGUUCAAACAUGUCUAAAUCUUGUAUGGUGCUUGUCUGUGAUCACUGGUGUGCUUGAGGCUAUUCUCCUUAGGGGUAGUAAUGGACUAUGACCUUAAUGCUCUUUUCAUAAUCCUAUUUGACAUUUAAUAUUUUUAGAUCAAAAUUGUAUAGAAUUAGAACUUGGCCUUUUA